AGAUAGCAGGACCUGGUGUAAAUAUAGUUAUAAAGAAAACAAGUUGCGGUAAUUAAUUUUUCUAAUAAUUCUUGCGAAGCUCAUUCGACAUUUGUGAAUUUGUUUGGUUUGGUUUGAAGUUACACCGACAUUAUAGGUUAUGUGAUGACUUUUCCGGCUUUUUAUGAUGGAGGAGGACCCAAUUAAGGUACCCCAGACAUUAUUUUAGGCACAGGCGAAAAGCCAGCUGGAUGACUUUUGCAUACACGAAGCUCCGUACCAACAGCGGUGAGGGGCAAGUGUUUUGAUGUCAAUGACAGAAACCACUCGGCCACGGAACUGCAAGAUGACUUGGAAAUAUAAAACACAACCAACACCAGUUUGAUGGAGAGGUGAAGUGAAAUGUGCAACACCCUUGAUGCUUCGAAAACCGACAUCAGCAGAACUUUAUUAUACAGUUAAAGCCAUACCAAAUUGAUUUGUCGUUCGUCGGAACUACCGCAUCAAUGAUUUCAUUCCCGAGAAAAAGAAAAAAAAAUCACACAACCGCACGUACGUAAAAAUCUCCGAUUUUUUUUCCUGAUUACGCGGCCCGCAAUGAUAACGGCAAAACAGGUUUUAUCGCUGUUUUAAUGCGUCAAAGUGAUAUUGAUCGGAAUUCAUGCGUUCGUAAUACAUGUAGCUGAUGACUCAAACUCAGAAAGUCUGGAAUAAUGAUGUUGUUCAUCAUUUGUUUUAAAUCUGGAGUGUCUGUGCUAAUGCCUCACUUGGCAUUCGAUGUUCCGAUAUGUCAUUCAGUGUAAAUUGCACAUGUGUGGGAAACUGUGGUGGUAACAACAGGCAUUAUUAUUGCGAGUGUUUACAGGGAUAUAACUAUAUAUGUGCUGCUUCUCAAACAAACACGAACGCAUUGACGACUGUCCUUGUCCUUGUUGCUCUACUGCCGACUUCAACCAUUUUAGCUGUCUUAACUUAUGGGUACUUAAGAUACAGGAAAAAGAAGAUAGUCACACAUGCAUAUCAACAUAAUAAAAUGCCCACAAAGUGCAUGAAAAGCAGCAUUUUGAUAAUUGUUGGUAAUAGGGACGAACUGAAGAUAUACUCGGAACAACUGGCAACCGCUCUUGAAACCCUUGGAGGAAUUAGAAAACGACUGAAUGUUAAAAUAAUAAACAUCUUUCAUCUGUACAUCGACAGAUAUCAAGUCGAAUGUGACAAAGUGGUUUUCUUUCUUGACAUUGAAAAUAAAGCAAAUGGCCUAAAUGUAAAUAUCUGUAUGGAGAAAAUUAAGUUUAUGAAAGGUCAACAAAAUUCCACUGCUAUCAUUUAUUUUGACAGAACAAACAGACCACAGGGCAAUUUAAGGGAAACUGAAAACUCUGCAACGUGUUUAGUGUCAAGCAUAAAAGAAAUAGAAAAGUGGUUGCCGUUCAUAACCAGAAUAAUAUUCAACAUUAAUCACAAAGAAACCACUGAACACAACUUAUCUAGACGACACACUUAUUUUAUAAGAAGUUUAGUGGAAAGUAACGACACAUCUGAGAGGUAUAUAAAAUUGUUAAACAAUAUCUUAGGUACUUGUGGUGCAAGAAAAGCACAAUCUGAAGAUCAGGCAAAAUGCAAAAUACUUGUAGUAAACAGUUUCAAUGAAAUAACCGGUAGUAAUAUACAAGAAUGUAAACGUUUUAACAUAUUUUCUGCAAUAAAUUAUAUGCCAGCUGCUGAUAUAGAUCAGUCUAUGACAACUUCAAUGUACUGUCGAGAACAGAUAAUGACUGGAAUAUUCCGAGUGCUCCUUCAGUUACACAUAAUAAAAUGAAUAGGAAGAGAAACGUGUGAAAAUAAUAUAGAUCCUGAAGUUACGAAGUUGAUUAACUGUCCCAGUAUAUUUAUCGAAUUGUUAAUAGGUGAGCAACUGAAGCGCUGCCUGUACAGGAUGGUUAAUGAAGCAAUUAUUUUUGAAAAACAACGUAUAUAUUUGUAUAUGUGUGACUGACUUUAUGAUAAAGAAUAAUGUAAUGAUAGGGGGCUCAUGAAAUACAUUUAUCUUGUACUUUACAGGAAUCAAGAGAAUAUCCCGUUUCCGUUUUAUAUGUAAUAAACGGUCUGUCUGCUCAGUGUUUAAAGUUAUGAGGUUGUAUACUUUAACUCUCCACAGAAGCGUUGUCAGUUUGGAAUUAUUUUACUUUGUUGACCGUUUUCGUUUGAAACCAAUUUUGUACUUUCGAUUCAAAUUUAUACAUGUGAUGUCACAUUUUUCUGUGAUAUGUUUGGGAAUUAUGAGACAAGUAUAACUGUUAAAUAUUGCAUUCUCCUAUCUCGUUAGCAGCACAUAAAUAUAAAAUGGCCCGUUUAUAUAUAAUUUUCUUCGUAACAAAAAGUAAAGAAAAUAAAUGCCUGAUCUACAUAUCCUUAGUUUUUUUGUCAAGUAAAAUUGAACACAAGUAUUUUUACAUGGAUUACACCAUAAAUAUAUACCUUACCUUUAUUAUAUCUUAACCGGGUUAGAACACGCCUCAUGUACACAUGUAUUGAUAAACUUUCGUUUGAUAGAACAUGUUGUAAAGUAACAUAAUAUUAUACACUAUAGUGAAACCCAAAAUUAUUCAGUGUGAUUUAUGAAGAAUUUAUGUCAAAAUUUACUGUCCAACACACACACAAAAAGAGAGAAAAAGGAUGUGCAUAUUUAUAUUUUUCCAUAAGUGUUGUACAUAUCAUUAUAAUUAGUUCAGGGUGUGAACAUACUUACCUGUACCACAUUAGUUCAGUUUAAAUAUAUGAAUCGUUGCCGUGUACGGUAUAUGAUUAUCACAAAUGCACUACUUUAUGACCGCUGAGUAAUUGUGUGCGCAAGUGCGUUGCGAGCGACUGGAUUUUACAUAUAUACAUGUACAGUGCUUUAUUGGGAUAUAGAGGAUAGUUUGUGGAAAAAUGGCGGCUUCGUUUACCUGCACAGUAUUACUGUUGUUAUUUCAUUCAGCUGCUGGAAAUCCUAGUGUUUCAACACCACUUGGUGUUAUUAAUGGUGUAACUGAACGUGUUGCAUUUCAGGAGAACACGUACGAGGUUGAUAAAUACCUCGGAAUACCUUUUGCUAAAGCACCGCUUGGAGAAUUACGAUUUAAAAAACCACUACCGUACGGAACAUUUUCUGAGCCGUAUAAUGCCACAGAAGACCCACCAGCGUGCCCACAAUAUGACUCUUAUAAUCUUGGAAAGCCUUUAGGUAAAAGAUCGGAAGACUGUUUAUUUCUAAAUGUAUAUGUGCCUCGGCAAAAGCCGGAUGAGAAAUCUGGCCACGCGGUAAUGGUCUUCAUACACGGGGGUGGAUACGCUGUGGGUGCUGGACAUAUGUUUGAAAGUGAGGUUUUUGCGUCUGUUGGGAAUGUUAUCACAGUGACAAUUAACUACAGGUUGGGAUUAUUGGGUUUUAUGGAUUUAGAUGAUGGAACAUCCGCUGGUAAUUUUGGUCUCUGGGAUCAACGUUUAGCCUUACAAUGGGUAAACGUGAAUAUUGAAUCAUUUGGUGGGGUUAAAGAUCGAGUGACUGUUUUUGGAUCCUCUGGAGGAGCUGUUUGUACACUUCUACAUAUGAUGUAUCCGCCAAAUAAAGGUCUCUUCCGGGGUGCAAUUACUCAGAGUGGGGCUUUAGUUGUACCUACAGCUUUUCAAAAGAAUAAUAAAGAAACUGCUAAACAUUACGCAAGGUACUUGGGCUGUAGAUAUGAAAACCAAGAUGACAUUUUUCAUUGUCUUAAAUCAGCAACGCCAGAAAACAUCAUCAAAGUUAAUUCCGACGUCAUUGCGGCCGGGGACAUGGAGGCGGCCAUGAAACUUAUAAUAUCACCGACAAUUGAUGGUGAAUAUGUUAAAAAGCACCCGACAGAUCUGUAUAAACUGGCAGAAUCGGAACCUCAGUCGGAAAUAGAAUUCUUUCGCUCACUAAAACUAAUAAAUGGAAUUAAUGGUGCUGAAGGAGCAUUGUUUAUUAUGAUGAUGGGGAGACCGGAGGAUCUUGAUCAGUUAGAAAUUACUCGUGAGCAAAUAAACAACCACCACAUUCCAGGAGCGAUUUCACAGAUUUAUGGUGCAGACAAGAAAGUGCCAGACUCUGUGAAACAACUGCUAAUUGCUGAAUAUACGGAUUGGGAUAGUCCCGAUGAUCCUAAGAGAUUACGCGAACAAGUACUGCGACUUAACGGAGAUACUUACUUCAAUGUUCCAGGGAUAGAAAUGAGUCGGAUUCAUGCUAAUGCAUCAAAUGUGGACAGUUAUGUUUAUAAUUUUAUCCCUCAGCUUCAUAAACGAUCACUUCCAACCCCAGCUUGGGUGAAGAAGGCAGUCCAUGGCGAUGAAAUUGCGCCGCUGUUUGGUUACAACUUUGCGAUAUAUAAAGAUAAGACCGACCUUCCUCCACAGUGGGAGUAUGACCUUUCCAGGAGAAUGAUAACAUAUUGGACCAAUUUUGCCAAAUCCGGAGAUCCUAACAAACCAGUUCGCAGUGCAUUACCAUCAUUGAUUUGGCCAAAGUACAGCAUUACCUCACAGCAAUACAUGAUACUAGACAAAGAAGAUUCCGUUAGCCAGUUUUUAUAUGCUCGGGAAUUUGCCUUUUGGCGAAAUACACUGCCAGCUUUGUUUCGUGAAGCAGAGCAUGCGCAACCAUCAACAUCAGAAUAUGGAAAUCAGGUUGACGAAUCCUGCGAAAAAGACGGAAAUUGUGACGGAGGAUAGUUGACACAAUAAUGUAUCCAUAUUAUUGAAUCAGUAAAAUAUAAAAGUGACUGGACUUUCAAUGCCAAACUCAAAAUUAAUUAUUUCUGAUGCAGUAGUAUUUGAUUAUAUUUUUUUCUCAUAGUUCUAGCAUAAAAUUUGGUGUUUGAUGUUUUCAGAAGAGUAAACGUUUGUAAACACAGAGAUUUUCGCGCUCGCGCGCUGUUAACACAUCUUUUUAUAUAUGCACGUUCCGUAGCAAAGCGUAAACGUACAAAGUACGUGUAUAACGCAUUAAAAAAGAAAUGACAUCAACGUGAUCAAACAAAGCUGACAUUGAGCGCAUUUCACGAACAUUAAAUGACGUUGUUGUAGGGAUAACGCAUGUUUUUUCGUGUUAUAACGUCUGCAGAAUCCCGAGGGAUUCUGAAGAUGUUAUAACACGAAAAUAACAUGCGUUAACGCUAUUCUAGCAUAAAACGCGAAAAAAAAAACGAAUAAAUGAAUACAUUAUCCCUCAACGUCAUUAAAUUUCCAUGAAAUGCGCGGGAAUAUCCGAGUUGUUUUUUCACGUUGACGUCAUUUCCAUUUGAAUUAUCCGUUUUGUGGCAGUAAUACGUUUACGUUCUGCAACGGAACGCGCAUAUAUAAAAAUGUGUUAAAGCAGCACGUGAGCGCGAGAAUCUCUCUGUUAACACACGUUUUCUCUCCAGUUAAAACACCCCCAAAAAGUGACAAGUACAGCAGUUUUAUGCUAGAAUGGGCAAUAUAUUUAUUUUUAAGAUUUUACACGUUUCAAAUCUGCAUGAUAGUUAACAUUUGACGUCGGUUAGAACUAAAAAGACGUCAGAUCAGGACGUCGGAUAAACGUUGGAUUUUGGUUGGACUUGCAAACCGUUUAAACGUCGGAUCCUGACGUUGGCUAGACGUCGGGACGUAAAUUCAACCAUUUUUCAACCACAAUCCAACCAUUUUUCAACCAAAUCCAGCCAUUUUUCAACCAAAAUCCGACCAUUUUCCAAAGUAAUUUGCGAUAAAACAAGUUAUUAACAUAUGCAUUAUCUCAACUUUAUUUCAUAUUGUGCCAUGUAGUAAAUCUAAAAGGUAAUCCAACUGACAAUUCUGCGCGUUUCGCAGUAUAGCACAAAACGAAUGUCUUCACAUUAAGUAGCGCUAAUAUUUGCGGGAAAGAAUAUUUGGCGCGAAUCAGUAAUGCAGUUUAGUCAUGUGAUAUUUGGCGGGUAUUUGAUGGAUUAGCGGGUGUUAUUUAGUUCUAGGCUAGACUUCACCCUGACAGGUAGAACAUUUACUUUGCUAUUCAAAUUCGAAGUUUUUAAUGUAGCUAUUAUUGUAGGGAUAACGCAUGUUUUUUCGUGUUAUAACAUCUGCAGAAUCCCGAGGGAUUGGUUAGUACCCGAGUCCGGUAGGGCGAGGAUACCAACGAUUACCGAGGGAUUCUGAAGAUUUUAUAACACGAAAAGAACAUGCGCUAACGCUAUUCUAGCAUAAAAUGCGUAAAAAACAAGUAAAUGAAUAUAUUGUCUCUCAACGUCAUUAAAUUUCCAUGAAAUGCGCUGUAAAGUCUACGUGUUUUUUUCACGUUGUCGUCAUUUCCUUUUGAAUUAUCCGUUUUGGGGCCGUAAUACGUUUACACGUUGCCACGGAACGCGCAUAUAUAAAAAUGUGUUAUAACAGCACGUGAACGCGAGAAUCUCUCUGUUGACACACGUUUUAUCUCCUGUUAAAACACCCAUGAAAAGUGACAAUAACAGCAUUUUUAUGCUAGAAUGAUUAUUAACAUCUACAUCCUUGGGUUAGAUCCGGUAUCCAGUUUUCAGGAAUAUUCUGAGAAAUCAUUUCGAUUUCGAGCCAUACAAUUUUUAUUGUUGCCGCGGUGAUACGUUUCUUCCUAAAAUCUGGUAUAAUUAUCAUUUUCUAAUGUGUGGGCUCUUAAUAGGGAGUUUUUCGUGUGCGGCAAAUAUUCCAGAGAUGAAAAUACGAUCAAUUUUUUCAGUGGGAUAGUAUUCUGUUUAUAACAUUGAAGUAUCAUUACUGUUUUAAACUGUUUUAGUCUGUUUACAAUAGCCGUAAUAAUAUUUCUGAUUAAUUUGAACGUAGCAUGUAUUACACUUAAGUGUUAUUAGAGUAAAGGAUGAAUACACUUAAAUAUGUAUGGAUAUAGAGAGUUUUAGGUUGUUUAAAUGGAAAAUUAAUGUUGUUGUAUAACAAGUGUUUAUCUGAAUUGCAUACCUGUAAAUGAAACCUGCCUUCUUAAUAAACCUGCCGCAAGUCUUACCCACUGCAAACUGG